AUGGCUCUUCCAACGCCACCCAAGACAGCUGCUAAUCCGCCGCGCGCUGCCUCUGCCGCUGAAGCGCUCACACCGUUGAUCCAGUCAACAUACAAAUCGCCGGACAUUCAUUGCUACAUCAAUGGAAAGAAGACGAUUAUCAGCAAUGCGAAUCCUCACUGGACUCUGUUGGACUAUAUCCGCGCUCAACCUAAUCUCAAGGGCACAAAGCUAGGAUGCGGCGAGGGAGGAUGCGGUGCGUGUACAGUCGUGUUGCAGGUCCCAGAUACUUCGUCAGAAAGAAGGAGGAUAAAGCACUUGGCUGUCAAUGCCUGCUUGUUCCCGUUAGUGGGCGUCGAUGGCAAGCAUGUCAUCACCGUCGAAGGAAUCGGCAGAGUGGAAAAGCCCCAUCCAUUGCAAGAACGAAUCGCGAAGAUGCAUGGUAGCCAAUGUGGUUUCUGCACGCCUGGAAUAGUUAUGAGUCUGUAUGCCAUGGUCAGGAACUCGUACGAUCCAGAGACGAAAAGGUUCACUCUCAGCGAGCGGGACAUCGAGAUGGAGGGUCACCUCGAUGGAAAUCUGUGCCGAUGCACAGGCUACAAGCCGAUUCUGAACGCAGCGAAGACCUUCAUUGUCGAAGAUCUCCAGGGUCAGCUCAGCGAGAUACCCAGCAUUGCAAAUGCGGACGAUGGCAAGGCCGAAAAAGAGGUUGCUGACCUGGUGCGAAACGGUUGCGGUGGUCCGUCGAAGGGGUCUUGUGGAAGACCGGGAGGUUGCUGCCGCGACCAGCCUACCGUGCCUUCCGAUAGCAGCUCCAACGGAAGUAAAUCCCGAGCAUCGACGCCACCCACAGAGCCAGUAGAUUCGCCUGUGGAGGAGCACAUUCCUGCAAUUGUGAGCGUCACAGAAGACCCAGAGCAUGAUCCUGCUGUCAGUGGAGCUAGCUAUGCAAAGCCGUUGAAGAGCAAAGAGAAGAAUAGUGCAGGCAAAGAAACAAAGACAGCGACUUCUCUUGAGACUGAGAUUUCUAGUACCAAGAAGGGAGUUCCGGUAGUCCAAUUUCAGGAAUAUGUUCCCGAUACCGAGCUGAUCUUCCCUUCGGCUCUCUGGAAAUAUGAGCCGCAACCUUUGUGCUACGGCAAUGACAAGAAAAUAUGGUUCAGACCAACGAAUCUUGACCAGUUAUUGGAACUGAAGGACGCAUACCCGUCGGCAAAGUUGGUUGGUGGUGCUAGCGAAGUCCAAGUCGAGGUGCGCUUCAAGAACUCCGAUUUUGCGGUCUCGGUCUACGUUUCGGACAUCCCUGAGUUGAGGCAUACAAAGCUUCCACUCGAGGCUGAGCUCGAAACCGCUAAGGAGCUGGUAGUGUCUGCCAACACUUCACUCACUGAACUUGAGGCGAUCUGUAAGGAUGUCUAUGCCAAGCUGGGGAAGCGUGCAAUGGUUCUUGAAGCUUUGCGCAAGCAGCUUCGUUACUUCGCUGGACGACAAAUUCGGAACGUUGCUUCACUCGCUGGCAACAUUGCGACUGCCUCACCCAUCUCGGACGCAAACCCUGUACUCCUAGCUGCUGGCGCGACGCUGGAGGCUGUCAAUAAGUCACAAGGGACCAUUGAAUUGCCAAUGAAUAAGUUCUUCGUCGCAUAUCGAACCACUACUCUACCACCGGAUGCGGCUCUGAGUCGUAUCCGGAUACCAUUACCUGAACCUGGUGCGCGGGAAGUGUUGAAAGCGUAUAAGCAAGCCAAGAGAAAGGAUGACGAUAUUGCGAUCGUGACAGCUGCCUUCCGGGUAAAGCUCGAUAGCGAAAAUAACGUCGAAGAAGUUUCAAUUGUAUAUGGCGGUAUGGCUCCCACGACCAAAGACUCCCCAAAGACCCAAGAAGCGUUACGAGGCAAGCGUUGGUUCCACUCAGAAACAUUAGACAUCGCCUUAGCUGGUCUACUCGAAGACUACAACCUUCCCUAUAGUGUUCCUGGAGGUAUGGCCGACUAUCGUAAAACAUUGACGCUGUCGCUAUUCUUCCGAUUCUGGCACGAGUCUGCUGCUGAACUUGGGCUUGGUGAUGUUGAUACGGAAGUCAUAGACGAGAUUCACCGUGCAAUUUCAACCGGCGCGCGAGACGAUGUGAACCCAUAUGAGCAACGCGUCGUUGGCAAGCAGAUUGCGCAUCUCUCUGCACUCAAGCAGUGUACUGGAGAGGCAGAGUACAUCGAUGAUAUGCCUCGCUUCGAACGCGAGCUGUACGGCGGCUUGGUUCUCUCCUCAAAAGCACACGCAAAGCUGCUCAGCGUUGAUUGGGAGCCAGCUCUCGCUAUGCCCGGCGUGGUCGGGUACCUUGAUAAGAACUGCCUUCCCAAAGAUGAGAACAUCUGGGGGUCCAUCAAGAAGGACGAGCCAUUCUUCGCUGACGAAGAGGUCAGACAUCACGGCCAGGUCAUUGGCAUGGUGUAUGCUGAAACCGCACUCGAAGCUCAAGCCGCCGCAAAAGCGGUCAAGGUAGACUACGAGCCCUUGCCAGCAAUCUUGACCAUCGACGAGGCCAUCGAAGCGAACAGCUACUUCCCACAUGGCAAGGUGCUGCGGAAAGGCCUCGCCCUCCAACAUAAGAUGGAUGAAGCUUUCGCGAAGUGCGAUAGAAUUUUCGAAGGACAGACCCGCAUGGGAGGACAGGAACACUUUUACCUGGAAACUAAUGCUGCGCUUGUGGUUCCUUCUGGUGAAGACGGCUGCAUGGAGGUUUGGUCAUCAACGCAAAACACUAUGGAGACGCAAGAGUUCGUCUCCGCCGUUACAGGCGUACCCAGCAACCGCAUCAAUGUACGGGUAAAGCGCAUGGGCGGAGGUUUUGGUGGUAAGGAAUCACGCAGUGUUCCUUUCGCUUGCUACCUCGCCAUCGCAGCCAAGAAGGAGAAACGACCGAUGCGAUUGAUGCUCAACCGUGACGAAGACAUGCUUCUCAGCGGACAGAGGCAUCCUGUUCAAGCCCGCUGGAAAGUCGGUGUGUCGCAUGAGGGCAUGCUGCUGGCGAUGGAUGCAGAUGUAUAUGACAAUGCGGGCUUCUCGCAGGAUAUGUCCGGCGCUGUCAUGGACCGAUGCAUUACUCACUUCGACAAUUCCUACGAGUGUCCAAACGUAUUCCUUCGAGGUCACGUGUGCAAGACGAACAUUCACAGCAAUACAGCCUACCGUGGAUUCGGUGCGCCGCAGGGCAUGUACUUCUCCGAGACAAUCAUGUACAAUGUUGCGGAAGGCCUAGGAAUGGAUAUCGACGAACUGCGGCUGAAGAACCUCUACAAGAUCGGAGAGCACACUCCAUUCCUACAGCACAUCGACGAAGAUUGGCAUGUCCCAUUGCUCCUAGAGCAGUUACGGCGUUCUGCCGAUUAUGAAAAGCGAAAGAAGGUAGUUGAGGAAUUUAACGCAAAGAACCGCUGGAAGAAGCGCGGGCUUUGUCUUGUCCCUACCAAAUUUGGUCUCAGCUUUGCCACUGCCCUACAUCUCAACCAGGCUGGUGCAUACAUCAAGAUCUAUCACGAUGGCAGUGUACUGCUGCACCAUGGCGGAACCGAGAUGGGUCAAGGGCUCUAUACGAAAAUGUGUCAGAUCGCUGCGCAAGAGCUUGGUACGCCUCUCGAUGCAAUUUUCACUCAAGACAGUUCGACAUACCAGAUUGCGAAUGCUUCGCCCACAGCUGCAUCUUCAGGGUCUGACUUGAACGGCAUGGCUGUCAAGAACGCAUGCGAUCAGCUCAACGAACGCCUGAGACCGUAUCGCGAGAAGCUAGGCAAAGAUGCACCACUGAAAGAGAUUGUGCACGCAGCCUACCUAGACCGCGUCAAUCUUGCAGCCAACGGCUUCUGGAAAAUGCCGCGCAUUGGCUACAAAUGGGGUGAUUUCGACAUCAACACAGUCAAGCCCAUGUACUAUUACUUCACGCAGGGCGCGGGCUGCUCAGAAGUCGAGGUUGACUUGCUCACCGGGGAUUCGACCGUGUUGAGGACCGACUUAAUGAUGGACGUCGGAAACUCCAUCAACCCCGCAAUCGAUUACGGUCAGAUAGAAGGUGCCUUUGUCCAAGGUCAAGGCCUCUUCACAAUGGAAGAAUCCCUUUGGACGCGCAACGGCGAACUCUUCACGAAGGGCCCGGGCACAUACAAGAUCCCUGGUUUUAGCGACAUACCGCAGGUGUUCAAUGUGAGCAUGCUGCGGACAGACAAUGAUGGCAAGCCACUCUCAUGGAAUCACCUGCGUACUGUGCAAAGCAGCAAAGGCAUAGGUGAGCCACCGUUGUUCUUGGGCUGCACUGUCUUCUUCGCGUUGAGAGAGGCGAUCAAGGCGGCAAGGAAGAUGAACGGGCAGAGUAUCCUAGGUGGAGUUGGGAAAGAUGCGUGGAAGCUCGAUAGUCCCGCCACGGUGGAGAGGUUGCGCUUGGCGGUAGGAGAUGAUUUGGUCAAGAGGGCGGAAGUGAAGAGAAAGGAGGGGGAGACCAAUUUCUUCGUGGCAGUGGCGUAG